AUGUCGAGCUCCGCCGCGCUGCGAGAGGGCGCAAAGAGACAACGCGUCUCGAUCGCUUGUCUUGCGUGCCGUCAGAGGCGCAUGCGAUGCGAUGGCCAGCAGCCUGUCUGUGGCUCGUGUGUGAGGAAAGGGACCGAGUGUGAGUUUCAGCACGCGGACAAUAAACGACGACCGCCCAGCAAGAAAUAUGUCGAGUCCCUGCAGACCCGGAUCCGACACCUGGAGGCUCAGGUAGUAUCGCUAGGCUCUCAACCGGCAUCAACUCAGAGCAACCCAAACACUCAAGACGCCGAUCAGGCUGAAAGCACCGGCGAAGACGAUGAACAAAGCCCUCUUUCGGACCUCACCGGCCUGGUCGGUCGCCUUAACGUCAUAGACGAUGGCCAACUGCACUACUUUGGAUCGCAAAGUUCGUACAACCUCGUCCGGGAGCCCCUCUGCGAUACCAAUCCCCACGAGCCGUCGCUCAGAGUCCGAAGACAAGGCCUGGCCGCUGCGGCUCAACUCGGAAAAAUCGUGAGCGUCUCCAGUGAGCUGCAGGAGCACCUGCUUGAGCUCUACUGGCGAUGGCAGAACCCAUGGAACUACGUGAUCCACAAGAGCGCGUUUCUCAAAAGCUUUCGGGGCGAAAACGAUGGGAAAUACUGCUCGCCGCUCCUGUUGUGCUCCAUCUUCGCCAUCGCGGCGCGGUACUCUGACCGUAUUGAGCUGAGGUCUGUGGCCGAUGAGCCGAGUACCGCCGGGGAUGCGUUUUGCGAGCAAGCCAAGAUACUGCUCCUGUAUGAAAGUGAGGCGCCUUCUAUUACGACUGUUCAGUCUGCAUGCCUCUUGGCUUUGCGAAUCAUGUCGGACGGCAAGGAGGCGCUGGGAUGGCUGUAUUCAGGCAACGCAACAAGAAUGGCACACAACCUCGGCCUGCAUCUCGACGGUUCCAAGUGGACAACUGCUGGCUUGGUGUCGGAGGAAGAGGCUGAAGCAAGGAAAGUAACGUGGUGGGGAUGCUACGUCGUCGACAAACUGUUCGCCAUCGGCCUGGGCCGGCCAAGCAGCACGCCAAAAUCGACCAUAUCAUGCCCGAAACCCAGCAUCGACACCGUUGAAGAGUUCACUCCCUGGCUGCCAGGCUCCGACUCGCUCGGCGGCGAAAAGUCGUUAGGCAUUCAUUCGCACAUAUCGUCGACAGCGUGCCAUUUAUCGGAGAUCAUGACGAUUGCGUGCGAAUCGAUGGACGAGAUUUACGCAGCAAACCGUAAACUGGCCAUUCCAGAAAUGGAAGACAUUGUCAGCAAAACAGACGUGGAACUACGCACACAUUAUAGGGAGCUGCCGAGCUACCUGCGGCUGCCGGCCUCGAUCAAGACGCCGAUGCUUCCUCACGUGUGUCUGUUUCACAUACAGUACCACGCGCAUCUCAUUCUCCUCCACAGACCGCUCGUACACAAGAGGAAGCGGCGGUUGGUUGUUGGUGUCGACGCAUCACUGGAGAAUAUCGGCGACGAAGACGACGAAGGCGACGAAUAUGCGAACCGGCACAUGGCAACAUGUCGUGACUCGGCGGCGGAGAUUGCGAGGCUGCUGAGAGUGUACAAACAACAAUACACACUCCGGCGCAUCCCCAUCGCGGCGGUUCACCUCUGCUUCUCGGCGACCGUCAUCCACCUUAUCGACGCGCGCCCGACGAACCCGAACAGGCAGCAGGCGAUCAGGCACUUGCAGACGUGCAUCGACGCGCUGCGAGAUCUCAGGACGGCAUGGUGGGCGUGGAGCGAGCGGGCGUUGCGAGCGGUGCGGCUAUUGGCUCGCGAGUGGUAUCAGUGUGAAGAUGUCUCACAACUGCAGGACCGGAGCGGCCUCAGAGCCGAGACAGCGGCUGGGGCACCGGCAGAUUUCGACAUACCCGAUGGAGCGGUUGCAGGGGUGUCAGGGGGGUCAUUUGGCUCGUCAAGGGGUCAAGGGAACUGCAGCAGCAGUGGUGAUGGUGGUAGUGGUGGUGGUGGUGGCAUGGGUGGUCGGGGGGUUGUUGAGAGCGACACGUUGGCAUUCUUGUUCGACGUUGCAACGCCGGAUCAGUACACGGAUGGGCUCGUCAAAGAGUGGUUGGCGGAAAGUGGCUACGAUGUGCUGAACGGCGUCGCAGAAUAG